UCAAUUUUAUUCUGUUUCUUAUAAAACUGAACUCAAUUAUUCAUCCCCAUUACCUUUAAAAACUCUCUUGGAUUUGAGAGGAAUACUUCACAUAUUAAGAUCAUGUCUAAUUCUGCUACUCGACUUCUUCAUUUCCCCUUCCCGUUUUAUCUUCUUCUCCUUCUACCAAUACUAUCAACAGCUCAAAAUUACAAAAAUGUUACUCUGGGUUCAUCUAUAACAUCUGGUUCUGCCGAUCCGUCAUGGGAAUCACCAUCUAGCGACUUUGCAUUUGGUUUCCGUCCACUUGAAGACAAUCGGUUCCUACUUGCAAUCUGGUUUGACAAAAUACCUGAUAAAACCGUUGUUUGGUUUGCAGAUGGAGAGAUACCAAUCCCAAAAGGAUCAAAAGUUGAGCUAACUACUGACGGCCGGCUCAUUCUUAACGAUCCUCAAGGCAAAUUAUUAUGGUCUGCUGGACAAGCAAGCGGUGCUACUUAUGCAGCCAUGCUUGAUAGCGGGAACUUCAUUCUCGCAACCAGGGAUUCUGCUGAUAAUUUGUGGGAGAGCUUUAAGAAUCCUACGGAUACAAUCUUACCAACACAAAAAUUGGAAGUGGACAGUGUUGUUUAUUCGCGUCAGACUAAAACCAAUUACUUAAAGGGAAGGUUCAGACUUCGCUUGCUUGGAGAUGGAAAUCUUGUGCUCAACAUUGCUGCCCGUCAAAGUUCAAGUGAGGUUCAGUAUGAUGCUUAUUAUUGGAGUAACACUGUUAAUGACAAUCGAACAAUCGCUGGUUACGAGGCAGUCUUCAACCAAACAGGUUAUAUUUAUGUUAAGCUAAGGAAUAGAAGCGAGGUGCUUCUCCCAUCUCAGAACAUACCCCCGGCAACUGAUGUCUAUUAUAGAGCGACACUCGAUUUCGAUGGAGUUUUCACAACGUAUUCUCACCCAAAGAGAGAAAACCAAGAGCAACGGUGGUCCACUGAGUGGUCGGCUCCUGAUAAUAUUUGCAAAAUUGGUGGUGGAUUGGGGAGUGGUGCUUGCGGAUAUAAUAGCUAUUGUUUACUAACAUCUGAUCUGAGACCUCGAUGUGAAUGCCCGCCUAAAUUUGUAUUUAUAGAUCCGAAUAACAGAUAUGCAGGUUGUAGACCGGAUUUUGUACAAGGAUGUCAGUCAGAAGAAUGGAAAUCAACAACCGAUUCAUUCGAGUUAGAGACCCUGGAAGACAUAAAUUGGCCAACUUCUGACUAUGAAAUGUUGGACUCAUUUAGUGAAGAACAAUGCAGAACUUCAUGCCUGAACGAUUGUCUCUGUGAUGUAGUAGUUUACUCAGGAGCAAGAUGUUGGAAGAAGAAGUUGCCACUCUCAAAUGGGAGAUUAGAGAGUGGCAUGAAUGGAAAGGCUCUCAUCAAAGUACGGAAAGACAAUUCAUUACAACUGGGUCCUUACGACCCUCGUUCUUCAGGCGAGAAGAAAGAUCGAUCUACACUCAUCCUGGUUGGAUCAUUACUCCUAGGUAGCUCUGUGUUUUUCAAUUUCAUGUUGUUAGCUGUAAUCUUUCUGGUACUUUUCUUUUUCAAGAACCGAAAGAAUAUGAGAAAAAUUAACCAAGAUCCAAGUGUCUUGAGAUCAAAUCUUCGUUCUUUUACCUACCAAGAGCUUAAGGAAGCCACAGAUGGGUUUAAAGAAGUGCUGGGAAGGGGUGCUUUUGGCAUAGUUUAUAAAGGAGUGGUAGAAGAAAUGGGUUCAAGAAACUACGUUGCUGUGAAGAAAUUAGACAAGUUGGUUGAAGAAGGGGAGAAGGAAUUCAAAACUGAAGUAAGUGUGAUAGGCCAAACCCACCACAAGAAUCUUGUACGGCUUCUCGGGUACUGCGAGGAAGGACAGAACCGGAUUUUGGUGUAUGAGUUCAUGAAUAACAGCAAUUUAGGAGAGCACCUCUUUGGAAUUUCAAAGCCUAACUGGAACCAACGAGUCCAGAUUGCUUUUGGCAUCGCAAGAGGACUAAUGUACUUGCAUGAAGAGUGCAGCAGCCAGAUCAUCCAUUGUGAUGUAAAUGUUGGUUAAACUUCAACAUAGAAGUCACUAACAAGCUGGUUAGGACAAGAUUAGGAAAUUGAUGUAAUCCUAAGGAAAUUAGAAGUCAUCUAGUUCUAAAAAAAGGAAAGACAAGUAAUAAGGUAAUAGGACUAGGAAAAGGAAU